AAUGAUCCAUUUGCCGAGUAUCGAUACCUAGUCACUGUUUUUACUGGUCAUCGUCGAGGCGCAGCUACGACCUCCAGGGUAACUAUGACACUGUACGGUACUGAUGGAGAAAGUGAACCUCACCACCUGUAUGAUCCAGAUGGAGCUGUGUUUGAACGUGGAGGGUCUGAUGUCUUCCUGCUCACAACUCUGUUUCCAUUAGGGGAGGUGCAGAGCAUUCGACUUUGGCAUGACAACUCUGGAGCCAAGCCCUCAUGGUAUGUGAACAGAGUCUUAGUACAUGACUUAGAAAUGGACCGAAAAUGGUAUUUUCUCUGCAACUCCUGGCUUUCUGUUGAGGUUGGGGACUGUGUGCUGGAUAAAAUGUUCAGCGUGGCCACAGAAGAGGAUAUGAAACAAUUCAGCAACCUGUUUUUCAUGAAAACAUCUAAAGGGUUCCGUGAUGGCCAUAUCUGGUACUCUGUCUUCAGUCGCUCUCCCAGAAGCUCUUUCACCAGGGUGCAGAGAGUGUCCUGCUGCUUCUCCCUGUUGUUGUGUACCAUGUUGACCAGCAUUAUGUUUUGGGGGGUGCCUACCGACCCAGCUGAGCAGAAGAUGGACUUGGGUAAGAUUGAGUUCACCUGGCAGGAGGUCAUGAUCGGUUUUGAGAGCUCCCUGCUGAUGUUCCCCAUCAACCUCCUAAUUGUUCAGAUCUUCAGAAACAUACGACCUAAACAGACAAAGGAAUCAGAAAAGAAAGAAAAAGACUGUACUUCUGAUACUGCUAUGGGGUCUUCAUCCUCACCACUUGUCUCCAGCAAAGCUCUCACUACAGAGGCUGUUUUAAAGGACAUCAGGAGAAUUGCCAACUCAUUGUUUAAAGCCCAGAAGGCUCCAUUACCAGAAGUGAACUUUGGGACUUCAGCUGAUAUCAAUAGACUUCUGUCUCUGGUUGAAGACAUCAUUCUGAAACAGAACAGAGCCAGCCAGGAAUUUUAUGAUGACAGUAAGAAGAAGGAGAGGUCCCUGAACCUCAGUUUGGGCUCUGUAGACUUGCAUGACAUUCGAAGUCCAACUCCAGAGAAAGGACUGUGUGAAAAGAUGCCUCGAGGAGAACAGAACCGCUAUCUCUAUCUACAACUGCAGCAUGUGGAGAGGAGGCUGGAACUUCUAGGACCUCAUCAAUUCCAGAACUCUCAAAGUUACAUCCAAGCUGUGUCACAAGUCCAGAAUAUGAAGGAAAUUUUGGAGAAUCAG